AUGUUGACCAGCACGUUCCUCUUAGUUGCUAUAGUGGUAGCAUCUUUGGUGCCUUUAACAUCUGCUCAAGAUGAUGAUGGUGAAAUAAGUUUGGCAACGACCUUCCAAAUCUGUCCAGCUAACCAAUUUAUGAACGACAGGCUUAGAGGACUGGCAAAAGAGGCACACAACUAUCGUAGAGGACGUCUGGCACGAGGGUUGGUUUUCAAUAAGAAUGGGAAGUACCUGCCGAUGGCAGCUAACAUGAGGCAGUUGGUAUACAAUUGCACUCUAGAAGAUAUGGCUGACAGAUUCGCUAGGUCCUGUCGACGUGGACCGGACCCAAACCUACCCUCUGGUGUGCAACAAAAUUAUUUCUUCAUACCAAAAAGUAGAGCUAUUUAUCGUGUGGACGCUUUACGACAGGGCAUAAAAUUCUGGUGGAGUCGACUACGACAGACUGGUGGAAUCGGUCAAAACGUCACAUUCAAGACAGGAAACGUGGGCACGCCAGUCGCACGUUUUACCAGGAUGGCAUGGGCAACUACUAUGUCAUUGGGAUGUGGUGUAGCAAAAUGUCCCAACGACUAUUCAGUUGUGUGCAAUUACGCACCUGGCAACUAUGGCGCUGGAGCUCUCCAAUUGGUAGUAAGAUUACAGAAAUAUGUUGGUAAUACUGCACUUGGCGUCACUGUGUUCUCUACUGCUGAGCAUAUCCACAAAAUUCAUCAAUCACUGGCGUCAUCAUCAGCGUUAUGGGCACCCUCAAUCUCAGAGGAGGAAGGAAGCAGUAGCUUCGAGGAUGAUAGUGAAGAGGAUACCAUCACAGUCUUGGCUUCAGAAGCAGAGAACAGGAUAUGCCCAAACAACACCGGCAUGAACGACAGGCUAAGAACGAUUGCAAAGGUUGCGCACAACUACAGAAGAGGGCGUCUUGCUCGGGGAUUGGUUAAGAAUAAGAGAGGAAGGAACUUGCCGAAAGCAUCCAAUAUGAGAGAACUGGUAUACGAUUGUGGUCUUGAAAGCAGUGCUUACGCAUUCGCUGAGACUUGUACCCGAGGGAAGGACCCAAGCCUCCCCUCUGAUGUACAGCAAAAUCACUUCUAUUUCCGAAAAGACCGAAAAGGCAAAGAUGGAAAGACAAGAAUGAUCAGUACUCGCAUACGUGCUAUGAAAGUGGCAAUAAGGCAUUGGUGGAAGCAAUUGAAAGUUUACGGUGGUGUUGGCCAAGAAGUCACUUUCAGGUCUAAUGACCAGUACAAACCGAUUCAACAAUUCACCAGGAUGGCAUGGGCAACCACUGACUCGUUGGGUUGUGGUGUAGCAUCAUGUGGAAACUUCUGGUCUGCAGUAUGUCACUACAAACCUGGCUAUUACAGCGGCUUUUCCACAGAUUCACCUCGCGCUCGUAUCGCGAGUAAACUCAGAGGACCCGUCUUCUUCGACUUCACCAUCUACAGUGAAAUCAAGCAGCACGAGCACAACGUCAAAGAGUUCAACCAGCAUGAGCAGCACUGCGGAGAGCUCAUCAACAGCGAGUUCAAGCAGUGUGAGCAGUACCGCGAGUACAAUGUCGACUACAACAGCUGCUGGUGCAGCAGAUUUCUAACGCAUCCUAUUUCAACAGGCAACAAGAUCUGCCCCAAUAACAUGAACAUGAACGACAAAAUACGACUGUUCGCAAGAGAAGCGCAUAACUACCGCAGGAGCCACCUUGCCCAAGGAAUGGUAAAAAAUAAAGCAGGAAAGGACUUGCCGAAGGCGUCCGAUAUGAGAGAAAUGAGGUACAACUGCGACUUAGAAAACAGCGCUGAUGCAUUCGCUAGGCAAUGUACUCGUGGAAUGGACCCAACCCUACCCUCUGGUGAGCAGCAAAACCACUUCUAUUUCAUGAAAAACCGUUUGCUUAAAAAUGGAACUACUGUACCAGUUACUACCCGCGUUGAAGCUAUGAGAACGGCUAUAAAGCACUGGUGGAAGCAGGUAUAUGUCGAUGGCGGCAUAGGUAAAGAUGUCACUUUCACAUCAUACAACCAGGGAAAACCGAUCCAGAUGUUCACUAGGAUGGCUUGGGCGACUUCUGACAUGAUGGGUUGCGGUGUAGCAUCAUGUGGAGACUAUUGGUCAGUUGUAUGCCACUACAAACCUGGAGGCAAUAUUCUCAACGAACAUCUUUAUAUGAAAGGCGCUCCAUGUUCGGCCUGCCCUGGUGACAUGUUCUGCACCACUUCAAUGUUAUGCUCUCCUGUUAGUACAGUAACGUAA